CCUAUCCAUUCAGAAUUUAUAGCAUAGAGAAGAGACUUGAGAGAAAGAAAACUGGCUAAAACAAGCACACUCUACUCUAUGAAUACCUCCCAAGAAAAGGCGGUACAAGCUAUACUUCAUGGCCAUAGCUGUGCCAAGCGGUUGAAGCUGCGGCUCGACCAUCCAAUGGCUAACGACAGAUCGGUUUCAAACUAUGAUCUUGCUAAAUCGAUCGUCCAUUGUUUUUCCAGUGCUAUCUCAAUCUUUUCUGAUACACCAAAAUCUGAGGAUGGUCUGUUUUCUCAUUUAUCUUCAAUGGAUUCUUCUUCUUCUCCUCCUCUUCCCCAGAGAAGCCACUCCAAGAAAAGAAAGAAUAAUGAUACAAAUUCAAGUGAGAAUUGGAGUCACGAUUCACCGGAUCCGAACUACUACGACGGGUUUCUUUGGAGGAAAUACGGCCAAAAGACAAUAAAAAAAUCUAAACACCAAAGGAGCUACUAUAGAUGUUCUUACAACAUAGAUCAUGCCUGUGGAGCAAGAAAGCAUGAACAAAAGAUCAAAGACAAUCCUCCGGUUUACCGAACCACUUACUUUGGUCACCACACUUGCAAUAUCAACCAAAACCAAGAUGCCGGUUUUACUACCGUUGGAGACCCGAUAGAUAAUUUGGAAAAUUCCCGAAUGAUCCGGUUCGGACAAGAUCUUGAUCAGGACACGAGCGGUUUAUCUGUAUCGGUUAAGCAUGAAGAAGGUAUCAUCAGAGAGGAAACUAUGGAUCAGUACCGUGGGAUAACCGGUAAUGAUAAAGAUUGUCAAAUUGAAAUUAAAGAGAAUCAUCAGUCAUCACCAUCAGGUUCUUAUACUCCUCCGUCGUCAUCUGGCAGUGAAAUUGACAUGUUUGAUUCAGAUCUGCUGGUGGAAGACUUAGAUUUAUGGGAUCGUUAUGAUCUGUAUGACUUUGGACUGCGUUAGCUUUUUCAGCCAAGAAUGUUAGAGAUUUCCCUUUUCCGAGAAUAAUAUUUGAGGAUUGCGAUUUUGUAUAUUAUAUUACUGAAAGUGUUUCAAAAAAAUAAAAUUAUGUUACUGAAUA